UUCACACAACACAAUGAGCACACCUUGGCCAAUGGCCAUACUAAAGGACUUCCUAUCAGUGGAACUCAGUCAGAUCAUCAAUUCACAGCUAACGGCAAGGUGUAACUGGAGCGGCUGUUGCGUUGAAUGGAGUUCAACCGACCCAAAGCUCCAGGGGGAGGGCCUGGAGAUGGAGAGGGAGGACAAGUUGUCCUGAGCACGCUGGAUGAACUCAAGCCUUGGAGGAGUGAACAGAAGCUUGAAGAGCAUGGAGGGCAAGGAGGGCUGUCUUCAACCGACACCACUAACGCAGCCAAGACAGACCCCAAAGCUCCUGCAGCAGGACCUGGAAAGGUUGACUUGCACUCAUUCCACAGCUCCCCAUCUUCAGACAGCGAGGAGGAGGACAAAUGCAAGAAGGAAAAGAAAAAGAAGCUGAAGAAGAGGAAGAAGAAGGAUUCCAGUUCAUCCUCUUCUUCCUCCUCCUCUGACAGCAGCUCUUCAGACAGUGAAGAUGAGAAGAAGAAGAAGAAGAAGAAGGCAAAGAAAGAAGGUGCUGGGGAUAUCAUAGUACAUGACGCAGCCUUCAUAUCUGAGCCUGGGCUUGAAGGCUUCACUGAUCUAAACAACGAGGAAACAAAGAAGAAAAAGGAUAAUUCAGGCUCAGACAGUGAAGAGGACAAGAAGAAGAAGAAGAAGAAGAAGAAGAAGAAGAAGAAGGAUUCCAGCUCUUCUUCUUCAUCUUCCAGCUCAUCAUCCUCUUCAUCAUCCUCCUCAGACAGUGAGGAGGAGAAGAAGAAAAAGAAGAAAAAGAAGAAGAAAAAGGAUUCCAGCUCCUCAUCUUCAUCCUCUGAUAGCUCUUCAUCCUCCUCAUCCUCAGACAGCGACAAGGACAAGAAGAAGAAGAAGAAGAAGAAGAAGAAGAAGAAGAAAAAGGAUUCUAGAUGUUCUUCUGACAGCGAGGCAGACAAAAAAAAGCAGGGAGAAGAGGCAGACGGACAGGGCAAGGAUGAGUACAGCUGUGCUGCUGGCGUUUCAGCAGCUGGUAAGGAGGGUGCUGGGCUGGAGGGUACCCUGGGACAGAAAUCGGGCAAAGAAAAACAUGAGAAGAAGAAAGACAAGAAAGACAAGAAGACGAAGAAAGAAAAGAGAACGGACAAGGGCUCUGCGUCUGAGAGUGAUGGCGAUGACAAGUGCAAGAAUGACAAAGCAAAGGAGGGUGGUGCAUCAGCUGAAUGGAUUUGUGGCAGAGAUUUUCCUGAAGGAAUGGAAGCUGGAAAUCUGAGUGACGACGAGAGAGAAGGAGAAGGAGGCAAGAAGAAAGAGAAGAAGAAGAAGUUGAAGAAAAAGAAGAAGGACUCUGGCUGUUCAUCCUCUUCUUCAUCAUCUACAUCCUCAGAAAGCUCUUCCUCUUCAGACAGCGAGGAUGACAAAAAGAAGAAGAAAAAGAAGAUGAAGAAGAAGAAAGCUGAGGAUUCCAGUUCUUCAUCUUCCUCCUCCUCGUCUUCAUCCUCCUCUUCCUCCUCAUCCUCUUCUGAUAGCGAGGAGGAAAAUAAAAAGAGGAAGAAAAAGAAGGAUUCUAGUUCUUCAUCCUCUGACAGCUCCUCCUCCUCUGACAGCGAUGAUGACAAAAAGAAAAAGAAGAAGAAGAUGAAGAAGAUGAAGAAGAAGAAAAAGGAUUCCAGCUCUGAUGAUUCAGAUAGCGAGAAAGACAAGAAGAAGAAGAAGAAGAAGAAGAAGAAGAAGACAAAGAAAAAGGAUUCCUGCUCAUCAGACAGCGAAGACGAUAAGAAGAAAAAGAAGAAGAAGAAGGAUAAGAAGGACGAUUCUGACAGCGAGGAAGACAAGAAAAAGAAGAAGGACAAGAAGAAGAAAAAGAAGGACAAGAAGAAAAAGAAGAAGAAGGAUAAGGACUCUGACAGCGAGGAAGACAAGAAAAAGAAAAAGAAGGGCAAGAAGAAAAGGAAGGAUACGAAGGACUCAUCUGACAGCGAGGAUGAUAAGAAAAAGAAGAAGAAAAAGAAGGAUUCUGGUUCUGACAGCAAGGAAGAGAAGAAGAAGAAAGACAAGAAGAAGGAUAAGAAGAAGAAAGACAAGAAGAAGGAUAAGAAGAAGAAAGACAAGAAGAAGGAUAAGAAAAAGAAAGACAAGAAGAAGAAAAAGGAUGACUCCUCAUCUGGAAGUGAUGAUGAUAAGAAAAAGAAGAAGAAGAAGGAGAAGAAGAAAGAAAAGGGUUCCUCUUCUGGAAGUGAUGAUGAUGAGGAGAAAAAGAAGAAAGACAAGAAGGACUCCUGUUCCGAUGUUGAGGGAGAAUCUAAGAAAAAAACAAAGAAAGAUGACAACAAGAAAGAGGAUGGACCUGAGAAUGAAAAGUGUGGAGAGCUGAAAAAGGAGGGGAAAUAUGUAGGUGGCUUGGUGAUGGGAGGAGGGUGCAUGGAUAGUAAACCAUCUGACGAGGGAUCAGCUAUUCGCCCGAAACCCACCCUGAAGUUGGAGCCUUGGGGGCCGUCGGCAGACGCCAGACCCAACACUCGCUAUGAGUCACUUUAUAGCCCCUCGCACUCUCUCAGUCCCAGGGAGAGCAGCCCCUCCCGCCCGCCACUCAGUCCCUUGGAGGCCCUGAUGCGGAACCCAACCUGGACCAGCGACCGUGACCCAAUGACUGGGAGAGGACCAGCCAGCAGCAGAACCACACUGCUCAAAUCCAGUGAUCUACUCAGGGGUCCUAAGCCUUAUCAGCCUUAAUUAACAUGGAGAUUGGAAAAGAUAGGCCAAGAUGAUUCAUGCUCAUUACAAUCAGGCUGAAACAUGAUCAAAAGGAAUUCUGUCAGAAAUAAAUAAAUAAAGGUACAUUUUUGUGAAUCUCUUUUCCAACUGAAGCUGGUCAACUUUUGCAAUUAAUACACUUUUGUCUCUUUGGAAACCUCACACGUGAGUGACAUGCAAUUUGUUUAUCUAAAGUAAAGUGAGAAGUUUGAAAAUAA